AUGUCUGCAUUUGCGCUGGGGACGCCUCCGCCGAUGCCCACCAUCAGGCCGAAUCAGAUGCCCUCAAAUGCUGCCAGCAUCUGUGUCGCCACAGCUGCCGCUGGGUUGGUUCCAAUGCGGCCUGCUGUAUACGUUUUGAUCGUUAUUGCUGAGUUUGUGGGCAGCAUCUUCGUAUUCUUCGUCAAGCAUCGCCCGGGCCGCUGCCCGCUCGACAGGCAGCGCGCACACCCAUCCUACGGUGUAGUCUUCGCGGCAUGGCUGGCGUCGCUGGCGUUGCAUUCGGGGCGCUUACGACAAGAGGGGAAUGGACAGAGAGGACAAAAGGAUGAAUGA